AAUAGUCCCCUGCCGCUUCCGCCGCGUUGCCACGGCUGCCGCUAUCAACUUCCGUCCGGGCGGAGGCGGUUGGCGGUGCGUGGCCGUGCGGGGUAACGACACGCACAGCUAUGCCGGCCAAGGCGGCUGACAAGCAGCGGCAGAGCCAAAGUGGACCUCAAGGAGGAAAGGCUGGACAACCGAGGCUUUCACUUAAAAAACGGGAUGAAGAUACAGCCACUGAAGGUGGAGAAGGAGUGGAUGAGUCAACUGCGGUCAGACCUCUAGGUCAGCUGGAACUGACUGAAGCCGAAUUAAAAAAGGAAAUUACACGUGUUCUGACAGCAAAUAAUCCACAUGCUCCAAAGAAUAUCGUCAGAUACAACUUUAAAGAACGAGCUUACAAGCCAAUAAGCAAUAUAGAUCAAACAGCCAUUCACUUCUCUUUGAAAGGGAACCUGAUACCCAAAGAUUCUGAUGAAGGCAGACGGCAGAGCCUGAGAUCAGAAAAAGCUCCUGAGACUUCUGCAGAGGUAUCUCAAGAGGCAGAGAUUAAAGAUGAAAAAAGCACAGAAGAUACUCAGGCUGCGGAAGAGGCAAAGGCAGAGGGGGCAGGUGAAGCAGAAGCAGCAGAAGAGCCUCCUCCCCCCCAAAAAAAGGAGAAGAAGCUUGCAAACCAGUUCAACUUCAUUGAGAGAUCUUCAAGGACACGUGACAACCCUUUGCGGUGGAAGAUCUAUGAUGCCUAUGUGGUGGAGGUUGAGAAAAUGGAAAAGUUAAAAGAGAAAGAAAAACCAAAAACUCAGACAGCAAAGAAAGAGGAGAAGAAGAAGGAAAAAAAGUUAACUUCCAUGGAAUUACAGGGUGAUGCUAUAACCAAGAUAUCCAGUGCAGCCAAAAUAAUGGAGCGGAUGGUGAAUCAGAACAUAUUUGAUGACAUUGCACAAGAUUUUAAAUAUUUCGAGGAUGCCUCCGAUGAAUACCGGGACCACAAAGGAACGCUCCUCCCGCUCUGGAAGUUCCAGUAUGACAAAACCAAGAGACUUGCAGUUACUGCCAUCUCCUGGAAUCCAAAGUACAAGGACCUGUUUGCAGUGGGGUAUGGCUCUUAUGACUUCAUGAAGCAAAGUCGUGGCAUGCUUGUGCUCUACACUAUGAAGAACCCUUCCUUCCCAGAGUAUGUCUUCAGCAGUGAGAGUGGCAUCAUGUGCCUGGAUAUCCAUAAUGACCACCCCCACUUCAUGGCAGUGGGCUUCUAUGAUGGCAAUGUGGCCAUCUACAACCUUAAGAAGGCAACUUCCCAGCCGAGCUACAUGAGCAGAGCUAAGUCAGGAAAGCACUCAGAUCCAGUGUGGCAGGUGAAGUGGCAGAAAGAUGACAUGGACAACAAUUUGAAUUUCUUCUCUGUCUCCUCGGAUGGACGGAUUGUGUCAUGGACUUUAGUUAAGAAUGAGCUGGUUCAUACAGAUGUCAUCAAGCUGUCAGCAGAGAGAACAACGACGCAGGGGCCAGAGGGUCUGCAGCUGCAAACAAUUGGCUGUGGGACAUCAUUUGAUUUUCACAAAACGAUAGACUAUUUGUUUCUUGUUGGUACUGAAGAGGGGAAGAUCUAUAAGUGUUCAAAAUGCUAUUCAAACCAGUUCCUGGAUGUGUUUGAAGCCCAUCACAUGGCUGUGGAUUCGAUCAGCUGGAAUCCCUAUCACUUGAAAAUCUUCAUUUCCUGCAGCUCUGACUGGACAGUCAAGAUCUGGGAUCACACCAUCAAGACUCCGAUGUUUGUUUAUGACCUGAAUGCCGCUGUAGGGGAUGUUGCCUGGUCCCCUUACUCUUCCACGGUCUUUGCAGCAGUUACCACUGAUUGCAAGGCUCAUGUAUUUGAUAUGAAUGUUAAUAAGUACGAAGCUCUCUGCAGCCAGGUAGUGGUGGCCAAGAAGAAAAACAAAACAACCCAUAUCCAGUUUAACCCCGUGUACCCUGUUGUCAUUGUCGGAGAUGAGCGAGGCCAGGUUACCUGCCUGAAGCUCUCCCCCAAUCUGCGCAAGAUGCCCAAGCAAAAGAAGGGCCAGGAGGUAAAGCUGGGUCCCGAGGUGGAGAUUCCUAAGCUGGACAAGCUGCUGAUGCUGGUACGGGAGCCGGACAGCAGGGACUAGGGGCAGGCGGACAAAGCCCGGCUUUGACCAGCAGCUGCUUGGCAUGCUCUGCCCUCUCACAGCACUUCGCCCCCAUGCCUGGGAGAAUAAAGAGUGGCACUGAAAGUGA